GAUGGCGGAUGGUGAUGAGAAACUAGACAGCCACAAACAUCAACGAAAAAAAGGUGGUACGCCUGAAUGGAGUGAAACCUGUAUUGGUUUCUGGAGCAAAACACACAAAGAAAUACCAAGCAAAGAAAAUGACGAUCAAAGAAGAUGUUGGGGAAUUAGUAUACUGCAUUUAAAUAAGUUUGCCAACGCUAGCAAGGUAAAGAAUAUACCAACCACUGGGAUCGAAAUUGUAAUACGAGAAAAAGAUGUCACACAAGAUGUUAACAAAAGGUUCAAAGACAUUGAAAGUACUCAAGAAGGGAAACCAGAGGGGGAUGAGCUAAAAGACCCUUCUGAUGAAGCAACUCCUAAAAUCCUUGAGAAAGUUGCAGAAAAUUGGGGCAAGAGAUGCCAUAAUAUUGGAGCUAGACUAGUGAAGUACUACAAUGAUCCACGUUCAAGUACAGAGAUUCUGACUGACAUCAAGAAGAGUGUUACAACUGGAUAUCAAACCACUUUUCGUAUUUUAUCCUAUUGUCAUCCACAAGAAAAGGCCAAACAGAUAUCUAAUUUUAUAAGUGAACGAUUGAAAAAUGCCUCAAAGUGGUGGAAAGAGUAAUGUA